AUGAGGAAGGUGGAGGAGAAGGUCUUGCUGGGGAACGAGAUACUGGGGAUCCCAGUUUUCUGGGCAAACACCCAUCUCUUCCUUUUGGUGCUUUGCCCUUCCUCAAUACUCUAUGGAGUCAGAAAAAUUCAGAUAUGUCAGUGCCGAAGAAUUUGCCAGAAGAUGUUACAGCUGAUGCUGAACCAUUUUCUUCAACACCAGAAUUUGAAACAGAGGUCAAAACAUUUGGCAGAGGGGAUUUACCAUCACAAUGUUCAAGUCAGUCACCUCAAAGUAUAAACCAAGCAAAUAUCAUUGAAAGAAACAGUUUGUCUGGAAGCAGUGACUGCAGUUCUGAAGGGGCCACAUCAAGUAAUUCAGGGUUAAACAGGAGUGAUAUAUUUCAGAAAAUUCUCAACGAAAACAAUAUAAGUGAUGAAGAAAGGGAAAUUCUUCCAGAUAAUUUGAAAACUGACUACCAUGAUGCCAUAAUAGUGUAUCAUGAAAAAGACUACAAUGAGGCAAAGGCUUUUAUGUUGAAUAUAGAACAAAACAUUAAGUUCAGUAAUGGAGAAAAACCCAGAGUCCAGUUGUAUGAUUGUAUGGGACCAGAGACAGGUCUUGUACUGUCUCAGCUGGAUCACAACUUGAAGUUAUGCACAUACACAUUUAUGUAUAUCACUGAAAUCUUUUUAGAAGACAAAUUAACAUACUUCAUGAAUGGAACUUCCCUAAGUGAGGCUGUUUUCAAUUCUAGCAAAAAAUUUUCAUAUGUACCACUUCUUUCAGAUCGUAAGCUGAAGUUACCUCCAAGUAUAGCAUGUCUGAAAUCUGUAGAGCUUUGGAACAGUGAAAAAAUGAUGGACUGUCUUAAAAGAUUGUUUCAAAAUGCAUACAGUAAGCGGAAAAAGGAAGAGGAAAAAUUAGAACAUGAACGUUUAAAGUGGAUAAUUGAAGAAAGGAACAGGCAAAAACAAGAAUAUGACAAGAAAGCAAAAGAAUUUCAUGCUCUUAGAGAAAAGUUAGAUUGUAAUGAUAGAGAUAAAAAAGAGAACACUUGACUAGAAAUACUGUCAUGUUAAAUGCCAGAUCCUUUUGAAGCACUGACUUGGAGGACUGUCAUAUUGAAGGCUGGAUCCUUUGAAACACCACUAGCAAAACUGUCAUGUUUAACGACAGAUCCUUCUAAACACUUGGCUAGCAAAACUGUCAUGUUUAAGGCCAGACACUUUGAAACACCUGACUAGGAAUACUGUUGUGUUCAAGGCCAGAUCCUUUUAAACGCCUGACUUGGGUUACUGCCAUGUUGAAGGCCAAAUCCUUUGAAACACCUGACUAGGAAAACUGUCUUGUUGAAGGCCAGGUCAUUUUUAAGUGUUUUUCUUCUUGACAAGCAGUCUCAUUGAAAGACACUUCCAGUAAUACAGCUGAUUCAUUUUCCUACUGGUAUCCUUGAUACAAAUGGUGGGUGGUGAUGAUGGUUUUAAUGUAACCUUUAGAGCAGGGGUGGGCAAUUAAUUUUCCCAAGGGGCCGUAUGAGAAAUUGGGAUGGUUUUAGAGGGCCGGACUAAUAUAGUUAACUCAGUUUUACCUAAUACUGUAUAUAUAGUAUAUAUACUGGCGGGCGGGCCGGUCAGAGACAGGAGGCGGGCCGGCCUUUGCACAGGUCUGCUCUAGAGGGAAACUUCUGGAUGUUAUCUCUUAUGGUACUUUGUGACUUUAACUUGUUUGCAGGCACCCAUUCACAUAUUUUAGUUUUAUUUACUCGUGCAUAUAUGUAUGCAAUUUACUAUUAGCUGAAAUGUGAUAAAAUUGUUUUAUUGAGUAUGAGCAAAGAAAUAAUAAAAUUUAUAAGCAUGCA